AUGGUAGGAAUGCUAAGAUCCGACGGACGGUCGUAUCUCGACCUGCGCCCGAUAUGUGUAGAGCUGAAUCCCCUUCGUAGUGGUCCGUCGUGUCGGCUAACCGUUGCUGGCUCUGCGGACGGUAGCGGCGAUGAAGGCGAUCCAACCUCGGUACAGGCCGUGAUAUAUUUUUUGGCCGAUAAUCGCAACCGUAAUACGGUUGGUGCAUAUCAUAGGCCGACAUUUGAGGUCUACGUGCGUCCUCCUCGAGGGCCUGUCAAGGGAUACAUCCGCGGCAUCGAAUGUUUGCUUCUAAAAACAUUGCAGAAUCUAGUGGAUGUGUCGUCGUUAGGCAAAGUGCUGGUAUCCGUUCGGAUGCAGGUGUUGUCGGAAGGCAGCGGUUUGCUAUCCAUGUGUCUUAACGCGUUAGUGACGUGUGCGCUAAUAGCAGGGCUAAAAUUGCACGAGAUCCCUCAAGCCGUGCAGUUCGGAAUACUGGUUCGAAACGGUUCUGCUGGAUUCAUCGCUGAUCCUACCCCUGAAGAACUCGAUAAAAAAUGCAGCGUAGGCGUUACGAUACUUUGUGCGCCUCAAACUGGUCGUAUCUUUUUGACGACUGUUGACCACGGCCGUGGUGGAUACGAAGAAUUCCUACAGGAGAGGCUGGAAGAAGCGGCAAAGCAGCUUGCACAACACCGCUUAGCCGAUAUAAACAACCGGUAUCAGGAGGCAUUUGGUCCGGCGUCUGUUUCGUUUGAGGCGAAUGGGUCGUAG